AUGCAGGCUUCCCAUUUUUCCUUCUGGGCCAACAUGAUGGAUGAUGAGGCUGAUGACAAUGAGAACUACUACUAUGAUACAGAACCGAAGCAGGACACCAACCCUCAGCAGGAUCUCUCAGAGGAAAUUAGCUGGUUCGAGACAUCUUUAGGUGAUUUCUUUGUCAUGAAAGACUCGUGCUUCUCCAACCCCUGCAAGAAUGGUGGUACAUGUGAAGCCAAACGAAGUGGCUUCAGCUGUCACUGCCCCAAGCCAUACAGUGGGACUACAUGUGAAAAAGUGGAGGACAUGUGUCUGGAGGAGAACUGCCACUUUGGCGACUGCCUGGUUACACUAACCCCACCCUAUUUUAAGUGCAGCUGCAAGCCUCCCUACAAGAGACCCUCCUGCCAGCGUGCAUCCAAACAGUGCAGUCCAAACCCUUGCAAAAAUGGAGGCACCUGCAUACGGAACAGAUACAGAUCAAAAUUCACCUGCGAGUGCCCUGAGCCUUUCAGAGGGAGAUUCUGUGAGAUCGGACCAUAUGAUUGUUAUGAAGAGGACUCCUCUACAUAUAGAGGAAGAGUGAACCAAGCAGAAAAUGGCAGGACUUGCCUGCACUGGAAUUCCCACCAUCUCUUGGACCAACCUUUCAAUGCCUUUAUGGAGAAUGCUGACUCAUAUGGCAUUGGUGAACACAACUUCUGCAGGAAUCCCGAUGAUGAUGAAAAACCCUGGUGCUACAUCAGAAAAAAUAAGGAAGUGGAUUGGGAAUAUUGUGAUAUUUCACCAUGCUCAGAUGAAGAGACCCCAACAGAACCUCCUACAGACCCCCCUGACACAUUCCAAACAUGUGGACAACCAGAAGUUCGUAGGACACUCAAGAAGAUCUAUGGUGGAUCCAAGGCUACACCUGGAAAACAUCCCUGGAUGGCAUUUCUCCAGAUUCAGACUAAAGAUGGGAAGGAACAUUUCUGUGGUGGAGUGCUAGUCAAAUCAUGCUGGGUUCUUACUGCCGCACACUGCCUUGAAGGACCAGUAAGAAAGAUCCAAGUAUCCCUUGGAAAGCAAAACCUCGAGAAGAAAGAGGAUCAUGAGCAAAUAUUUGAUGCAGUGGAAAUAAUUUUACAUGACAAAUACAAAGACAAGGGUGGUGUCCUAUACAACGAUAUUGCACUACUUAAACUGCAGCCUGUUGAUGGUUACUGUGCAUUGGAAACAAAGUAUGUGAAAACAGCAUGUCUCCCUGACUUCUUCCUUCCUGCUGGGAUGUCCUGCUUCAUUUCUGGAUGGGGCCAGAGAGAGACAGGUGACACAUCCCAUCAGCUGUUAGAUGCCAAUGUCAAGCUGAUUUCACAGAAGAAAUGCAAUGAGCCCAAACUACAUGAUAACACACUGGAUGAUAGCAUGUUUUGUGCAGGAAAACUUCGGAAACCCGGAAUCGAUUCUUGUGAGGGAGACUCUGGAGGCCCACUGACUUGUGUAGAAAAUGGCUCCUACUAUGUAUAUGGCCUUGUGAGCUGGGGUGAAGGAUGUGGGUUAAAAAACAAGCCAGGAGUUUAUACCCAGGUGACAAAAUUCACCAGUUGGAUUAAAGCUGUAAUUCAGUCUUCAUCGAGGUCACGUCAUUAG